GCUUUCUGGUUGAUCCACUUGCGAGCAGACUGCAGAGCAGUAGGUAUACAUGCUGCCCAACUCCCGCUUCACAGAAGCUCCUCCUAAUCCCUAAUUUUCUCCUUCCAUCUCGAAUCAUGAAGUGCUUCUACUUCCCUAGCACCGAACCCGGUGAAAGGGGGCUCGCCGGCGGCGGAGAAGGGACGGGUGGCUGGGCAGCUAAGGUGCCGUGGGCUCGAUCAUCCAGCAUCGCGUCCAGCUCGUCAGAAACAAGGAGGUCCGGUUUCGUGCCCGGCGUGGGUGAGGAGACGUGGAGUAUGGAGAGGAGACCGGAAGGGCUGAGGGCUUUCCGUUUCGCGGAGCUGAAGGAGGCUACGAAGGGAUUCAGCCGAGCGAUGCUCAUCGGGGAGGGAGGGUUUGGGUGCGUGUACAGAGGGGUUAUCUGCAUUUCAGGGGAGGAGGAAGGUGUUGAUGGCGUUAAAACGAUGAAUGUCGCCGUGAAGCAGCACAACAAGUAUGGAUCGCAGGGACAUAGAGAAUGGAUUACAGAAGUCAACUACUUGGGUGUUGUCAAGCAUCCAAAUCUUGUAAGAUUAGUUGGCUAUUGUGCCGAAGAUAAUGAGAGAGGAAUUCAAAGGCUCCUGGUAUAUGAACUAAUGCUGAACAAGAGUUUGGAAGAUCACUUAUUGGCGCGAAUUCCAUCAAAGCUGUCCUGGGAGCUGAGAUUAAAAAUAGCCCAUGGUGCUGCACGGGGUUUAGCAUAUCUUCAUGAAGAAAUGGAUUUCCAGUUAAUAUUUCGAGAUUUUAAGUCUUCAAAUAUUCUGCUAGAUGAAGAUUUCAAUGCAAAGCUCUCGGAUUUUGGACUCGCUAGACAUGGUCCAUUAGAAGGAGUUUGCUGUGUCUCGACAUCAGUUGUGGGCACUGUAGGAUAUGCAGCACCUGAAUAUGUCCAGAUGGGGAAACUAACAUCAAAGAGUGAUGUUUGGAGCUAUGGAGUAGUCCUGUAUGAGAUCAUUACUGGAAGAAGGUCUAUUGAAAGAAACCUUCCAAAGAAUGAGCAGAAACUCUUAGAUUGGGUGAAGCACUAUGCCACUGACCCCAAAAAACUUCACAUUAUAAUUGAUCCUAAACUUAAGGGCAACUACUCAAUAAAAUCAGUUCAGAAGAUUAUUGCUUUGGCAAAUCGAUGCUUGAGGAAGAGACCGAAGGCCCGUCCUUCGAUGAGUAAAGUUGUUGAGAUGCUUGAUGAGAUCAUUGAGAUGCCAAAUGAAGAAUGUAUGAGAAGUGUAGCAUCAUCAGAUGUAGGAGAAGGUGAUGAUGAAGGGAAGAUUGGGCUUAAAGAUAGUAUUAUAAAUCGCAUCAAGGUUUUUGAUUUGAAGGACUUCGGUAGUCUCAGGAACAGAACUAUGGGGAAGUUGGAUUGGAAAGGUUUAGGUCCAGGAUCUGUAGUGGAACUGGCAAGAGCAUGGGGAUAGAUUUGUAAGAAUAGCUUAUUUUGUUUCCAUGAAGGAGGAGAGAGCAAGUGUUGUAAACAUUGUUGGAUGAGUUAACAUAUUAUGGAAGCUUGUAUUCUCCACUUUUUUUUGGGGUAUUUACAUAACUCCAAAUUCCCAUGUAUUUAUAUA